CUAAAUAGUAAAGUAGGCACACUUUUUCUUUCAUACUAUUGUCGACAAUCCAGACAGAUUCAUAGUAGAUUCAUAUAUAUUUCACAAAAUCCCAAAUUUUAUAUUUCCCAAAAUUAAAACAAUGGUUUACGCAAACGUUUUGCGAAUGCUUUCUCUUCUGGUGGGCUGCUUAUAUCCGGCAUUCGCGUCCUACAAGGAUCUGGAACGGUCUCAAAACGGUCACAGACACUGCGAUGAGGACCUUCGCAUGUGGUUGUCCUACUGGAUCACCUAUGGCGUCUAUAUGGUCUUCGAUUAUCUGACAUCAAGUCUAGAUUCAAUUGUUCCAUUUCUUAACGAGUUCAAGGUGCUCUUACUGUUUUGGAUGUUGCCCACUGUAGGCGGAGGCAAUGAGGUGAUAUACGAGGAGUUCCUGCGAUCCUUCUUCAACAACAAUGAGCUCUCCUUUGACCAGGUUCUAACGCAAGCUACUUUGACUGGAGGUCACUUAGUGGGUCAACUUAUAAGUUCAUUUGUUGGCUAUCUUAUGACUGUGGCGGAUAGCUGUCUGCUGUCCCGUGGACAUCGUCCUGCCCUUCAAAUUACGCCCAGCAUCGAGGAUCUUGUGAACGAUGCUAUAGCCAAGAGGCAGUUGCAAGAGAAACGGAAGCAGAUGCCAAACCUAUCCGACACCAUUAAUGAAGUCCUGGGAGACAAGACCAAUAAAGAUAGCUUUGAAUUUCUAAGUGAAUCCGAAUCGGAUUUGUUGGUCCUCAAGGAUCACAUUUCAAGACCUAAAGAAAAACCAGAAACCCCGCCUAAGCCAAUGCGCCCGACAUCCCAGCCCGACGAGGAAAUGAAUCUCAAUCUGGAAAUGGCUUAAAAUGUUUGGAUCCUUCAAGCCGCAAAGGCCUUGUAAUAAAUAUGUACAUAUAUAUUCCACAAAAAAGCUAAUUAAUAUGAAUAUCACACAAAUAUGUGUAUCAAUUAUAAUGUAUAAUAAUAAAAUGCAGAGGGCAUAUAAA